GAGACCGGAUGCAGUACUCUCGUAGUUUGGAACUUUCGGAAGUCGCGCGUUGUAAUUAACCGCAACCCGAAACGGUGCACUGCAGUCUUGUCUACCAUCGGCGUUCACUGCUCUCCCAGAGAGAGGCGAGAGCCACUGAAACAAAACAACCAUCAAAUCAAGUUUAAAUUUCAGUUCUGUUCUGCUUCUAAUGGUAAUGGGGAGUUUCAGAAACGCUGCAAUCAACGUCUUCAGAGUGAUCAAUUCCAACAAAGCCACCAUCGCUGCUUCCACAAACCCCCUUCACACUCUCAGGUUUACCCCUUUCUCGUCCCACACUCAAAAUCAAACCCUGGAAAUCGAUUUAUCUAACGAAGAAAGCAAAAGACGCUUGUUUAACCAGCUAUUAUAUAGAAGCAAACAGCGAGGGUUCCUGGAACUGGAUUUGGUCCUCGGAAAAUGGGUUGAGGACAACAUUCACUCCUUGGAUGAAAUUCGGAUUAAGGCCCUCAUUCAUGUUCUCGACCUGGAGAAUCCAGAUUUAUGGAAGUGGAUAUCAGGACAGGAACAACCCCCAGAAUCAGUCAGCACAAACCCGGUCUUUGCUGCAGUGCGGGAAAGAGUUAUGAAAAACCUUGAUAAUCAUUCUGCUCCUGAAGUAAGAGCAACGCCUGGCCAACCAUGGGUAAGAGGCUGGGAUGAUAUCAAGAAAGGACAAGGUGGCCCUGUUUCUGGAAAUCAGUAGCUUGACAUUGAAUGAUCUUAUCAUCUAUUACAAUGAAGAAAAUGUGGUCCACCAUUGUUGACUUUGUAACUAUCAAUAACUAAAUAAGGGCUGGGUAACUGCAACUCAAAAAGGUUUGUAUUAGCUGCUAGAAAUCGGUAAAGGGAUUUAAACUGCAUGAUUUUGACUUUCUUGGAAUCUUUACUCUUCAUCUGUUUUAUAUCUAGUAAGUUUAUUGUUUAGUGAUUUAUUAAUGUGUUUUAAAUUUGUAUAGAAAUAAUUUGAAAGAAAUUGAUGAGUAAAAGAUUGGCAUAUGUUUGGAAA